GGCAAGCCACAGGCGGUCCGGCAGUCCCUUCUCUUCGUAUUCAUGAGGCGACGGGCCGCCGCGCUCAACGCGGAGGGCCUCGAGCUGAAUCGGAACGGUGACACGCGCGAAGCGCUCCGCUGCUUCGACGCAGCGCGUCGGAUGGUGCCAGGUGAGCCGCGCUUCGCGCUGUCGGCCGCAAACAUGCUCCUCAAGCUGCACAUGCCGGCUCCAGCACUGGCGCUGUACACGAGGCUCCUCGCAGCCGCGAGACAUUCCGAACUGCCACCUCGGUUGUAUUCUCUGGCGACGGCCAAGCGCGACGAGGCGGCUGCGGCAGUCCGGGCCGGUGUCGGGGUCGGCGGCCAGCCGCAGCCUGGGCCAGAGGCACCGAGGCUGCUGGACAAGCUGGGCGGCGGCUGCUACGGCUCCGUCUGGCGCGGGCGCGAGGGGUCCGGGCGCGAUGUCGCCGUCAAGAUAGUGCCGCUGCAGGAGGGUCUCGCGCCGGGCGAGGUGCAGCUCGAGCUCGAGCGCGAGAUCCUGCUCCUGCGCUCCUUCUCGCACCCGCACAUCGUCCCGUUCCUGGGCGCCUUCCCGCUCCCCGGUGCGGGGGAGGUGUGGGUGCUGCUGGAGCUCUGCGAGCGCGGCUCGCUGCAAGAGGUCGUGAGGGCGGUGGGGCCUCCCUCGGACGCCGAGGCGGCCGCCGCUGCGCACGACGUGCUGCAGGGGCUGCGGUACCUGCACGUGGAGCGGGGCACGCUGCACCGUGACGUCAAGGGCGGCAACCUGCUCCUCACCCGGGGAGGGGUGGUCAAGAUCGCAGACUUUGGCGUCUCGAGCUGCAUCGGCGACCUCUCCGCCUCGAGCGUCACCGGGACGCCGCAGUGGAUGGCGCCGGAGGUGACAUAG